CCGCAACCUCCACUCUCUCCCCAUUCAACCUCUCAUGCUACAUACCCUAUCUAACAUCGAUCACAAUGGCGGAACAACUUAGAUACGACAACCAGGUGGUGGUGGUGACGGGCGCAGGUAAUGGCCUUGGCAAGAUCUUUGCCAAGUUCUUCGCCUCGCGCGGGGCCAAGGUGGUGGUCAAUGACCUCGGCGGAACAUUCAACGGGAAGCCCGGCGGCAAGAGCGGCAACGCUGCUGCGGUGGCCGACGUCGUCGUCAGGGAAAUCAAGGACGCCGGAGGCGAAGCCGUGGCCAACUACAAUGGCGUCCAGGAGGGUGAGAAGAUCAUCAAAACCGCCAUCGAUGCGUAUGGCCGGGUCGACAUCCUCAUCAACAAUGCCGGCAUCCUUCGUGAUAUCACCCUGCGCAACAUGAAGGACGAGGACUGGGACGCGAUCAUGGAGGUCCAUGUGCAUGGAAGCAUGCGCACCGCCCGUGCAGCUUGGCCGCAUUUCCGGAAGCAGCGCUAUGGUCGGAUCAUCAACACUUCCUCCUCUGCAGGCCUCUUUGGCAACUUUGGCCAGUCCAAUUACGCUUCCGCCAAAUUUGCCUUGAUUGGUUUCACCGAAACGCUGGCCAAGGAGGGUGCGAAAUAUAACAUCCUCGCCAAUGUCUACGCCCCCGGAGCGGCUAGUCGACUGACGCAGACCGUCUGGCCACCGGAGAUGAUGGAGGCGAUGAAGCCCGACUACGUCGUCCCCCUCGUCGCGAUCCUUGCCCACUCAUCUUGCAAGGAGUCCGGCAGUAUCUUCGAGGCGGCAGCCGGCCAUUUUUCGAAGAUUCGCUGGGAGCGAUCCAAGGGUUUCCUUGCAAAGCCCGAUGAGAGUCUGACCGCUGAUGUGGUCUUGAGAAACUGGGACAAAGUCGUCGACUUCAGGAAUGCCGAGCAUCCUUCGGCUGUCUUUGACGGCGUUGCUUUGUUGGAGCAGGCGAACAAGCUUCCAGCGAACACAGGGGGAGAGCGGUUGAACUUCAAGGGUCGAGUUGCUCUUGUCACUGGAGCUGGUGCCGGACUCGGACGCGCCUAUGCCAUGGACUUUGCCAAGCUGGGCGCGAAGGUCGUGGUGAACGAUCUGAAGGGCGCAGAGGAAGUGGCACAGGAAAUCCGCGAUGCCAAGGGCGACGCGAUUGCAGUCAGCAAGUCGGUCGAGGAUGGUGAUGCGAUUGUGAAGGCGGUCAUUGACGCCUACGGCCGGAUUGAUAUUGUCGUCAACAACGCGGGCAUCCUGAGGGACAAGGCUUUCCAGAACAUGACGGAUGAGCUCUGGUAUCCCGUGUUCAACAUCCAUUUGAGGGGAGUGUACAAGAUUCAAAAGGCUGCGUGGCCCCAUUUUUUGAAGCAGAAAUACGGUCGUGUGGUCAACAUCACGUCCACUUCGGGUGUUUACGGCAAUUUCGGACAAGCCAACUACUCUACAGCGAAAUCCGGCAUCGUGGGCUUCACCAAAUCCACUGCGCGAGAAGGAGCCAAGUACAACAUCACGGUCAACGUCGUGGCGCCAUCAGCUGGCACCAACAUGACCCGCACGGUCUGGGCGGACGAGAUGGUGUCUUCCAUCCGCCCCGAGUUCGUUGCACCCCUGGUCACUGCUUUGUGCUCGGAGAAGCCACCGGCGAGUGGACAGCUCUUCGAAGCUGGAAGCGGCUGCUUUGCCGCGACGCGCUGGCAACGAGCCCGGGGCUAUGACUUUGAGCAUGAGAAGGGUGUGCCUGAGGUUGAGGCUGUCGCGAAGGUCUUCAACCAGAUCAUCGACUUUGACAAUGGACAGGCAGACAACCCGGACACUCCCGCUGAGGGCAGCAAAUACACGAUUGGCAACGUCUUGAAGAAUCCCAAGCUCAAAGCACUGUUGUCGGACGAGAACAAGGAGAACCGCCGCUAUCUGUCCAAACAACAGCAAGUCAAGGACAUGGAAAAGAAAUACGUCGACUACUCGUACACCGUGCGAGACUGCAUCCUCUACAACCUCGGAGUCGGCGCCAAACACACCGAACUCCCCCUGGUCUUCGAGGGCGCAAACGACUUCGCAGUCCUACCCACAUUCGGCGUGGUGCCCGCGUACUUCGCCAAGCCACCAUUCGAAGUCAAAGAUCUCGUGCCAAACUACGACCAGAGGCAGGUCCUGCACGGCGAGCAAUAUCUGGAGAUCAAACAGUUCCCCAUCCCCACGUCGGGCAAUCUGCGCACCGAAACGCAUCUCAUCGAAGUCGUGGACAAGGGCAAUGCGGCUCUGGUCCGCCGCGGCAACACCACCGUCGACGCAUCCAACAAACCCGUCUUCUACAGCGAAAGCGUCUCCUUUAUCCGCAAAUCCGGCGGCUUCGGCGGCGCAAAGCAAGGCUCUGAACGCGGCGCAGCCACAGCCGCCAACAAUCCGCCCAAGCGCUCCCCGGACAAAGUGAUCGAGGAGAAGACAGACGAAGGCCUUGCAGCCAUCUACCGCCUCAUGGGCGACUACAAUCCCCUCCACAUCGACCCCUCCUUCUCCAAGGUCGGCGGCUUCGACAUCCCCAUCCUGCACGGCCUCGCCUCGUUUGGCAUCUCCGGCAAGCACGUCUUUCAGACGUAUGGCAUGUUUAAGAAUAUCAAGGUCCGGUUUUCCGGCGUCGUCCUGCCCGGCCAGACGAUUGUGACGGAGAUGUGGAAGGAGGGAGGCAAGGUGAUUUUCGCGGCCAAGGUGAAGGAGACGGGCAAGCCUUGUUUGAGCAGUGCUGCGGUGGAGUUGGUGGGGGAGAAGGCGAAUUUGUAGGCUGUGUCUAGUUGUUUAUAUCACACGUAUCUAGCUGUGUUGCAUUGUGGAC